AAGUGUCAAAAAUGAACGAAUUGUCGUUUGAAGUAAACAGUAUGGAUAUUUGCCAAUUCAGAUUUUAUAAAAUAUGGUUAAAAUAAUAUAAUUAAAUGGUGUUUUGUCAAUGUUAAAUAAAAACGCAUAAAAAUGUGGCCCAUGCUCUUGACCAUGACUCGCGACGAAUGUCGCCGUACGCUCCGUAGACUUGAAUUGGAAGCCUACUCGAAUAUGAUCAGUGUGUUCAGAGCACAGGGGGCAUUGGAAGACAACAGAAAAAAGUUACUGGAAGAUCUACGCGCCGUUUUGCAUAUAAGCAACGAUCGGCACAGUGCUGAGGCACGCCGCGUGUCUAAUGACGAAUUAUUAGCCACAAUUGCAGAGCAACUAUCAGGUCCUAACACAGGGCUAGCAUGGAUAAGCGAAGGUCGAAGGAGAGUACCGCUCCUGCCUCGAGGCAUCGCUCAGACUAUGUACACCGAGAUUGCGGAUAGAGCUGCCGAAGCAGCGGCUGCGGAGAAUAAAGAGCUCUCUAAAAAGCUCGAGGCGGAGAAAAUGGUUACACCUAUAUCCAAUGAAGAGGAAAUGCCAGAAGCUGAAGGAGAAACUGCCGAGGGAACACUUUCGUCAAAUGACACCGCUGAUGAAAUGACAUAUCCCGUUGCCAUGGAAGAUCAGACCAGCAAAAUAUGGGAAACGGAACUGAUGAGCCGCAAAAGAAAAAACCCAGAAAGUGGUACAUUACCAGAUGAUACCUCUACUCCGGUGAAAAAUAUGAGAAAUAUUCCUGUGAACACCAACCAGAAACAUCUCAAUUUGUCACAGAUAUACUCCAAGUUCUCACAACCAGCAUCAAGUAAAUCAUCAGGGCAGUCAAAGCAUUCAUAUAACCAAGUGAGCAAAGUGUCAACUAGCAAAUCCAGUCAACCCCAUCAACCGAGGUCACACAAACACAGAUCACAUAAACAAAGCGCCAAAAGUGCCCAAGCUGCUAUGUCUAAAUCUCAAAUGAAAAAAUCACAAGAAAUGCCUUUGUCUCCGGGAAAGCAAUACAACCCUACAUCUAUGCAGCUUGAGUAUUCUGGCCCUCCCAACACGUUCCAGGCUAGCUAUGCUCAGUCGGUACUUGGCAAGAAACCUGAUUAUAUGGAUGAACUUAAACCUAAAGUGCUCUCCUCGCCCGGCAUGGUGACAGAUUCCCCUACAAUGCAGCUCCUAACCCAACCAGCCACUGUCCCUCACGAGCUCGGCGUCUCAGACAACAUCCACCCCGAUGACGCGACCAUGCUCCAGGCUCAGGGAACCCCCUCCACUAAACACUCGAUAAGCAACAAACCCUGCCACCUCAUCAUCAAGAAGAGAGGCGAAAUCACUCCCGACAAAAAAGUACAAAUGUCCGAACUUAAAAUAUUACAGAAAUCCAGCGAUAGCGGCAUCAAAGUACUCCAAAACCGACAAGUAGUUAUUGCGCCGAGUUCGGCUCAAAAAGCACUAAACACGCCUGGGAAACUCAUCACCACUAAAGUUAUCAGUUCGAUAGCCAAACCUCGAACUUCGGGCACCCCGGUUUUAACGGAAAAAAUGAUUGUGGUAUCCAAACCGUCGGAAAUGAAGGGCAUGCCCAGUUCUAAAAUCAUUAUCACGUCGGGCGCGAGCACACCGAGUAGAGACGUUCCGGUUAGUACAAAUAGCAUAUCACCUAUAACCACGGAAACAUUCACCCCGAAGGGUAUUCCCGCCACUGAUUUGAAAGUUUCAGCUAAAACUGUCGUUUUGAACCCAAAAUCAGGCCAAAAAAUGGUCGUGUUGCCGGCGAAAGCUCGAACGAAAACGGUUACCGAAGGACAACUUCCCUUAUUACAUUUCAAAGGUCUAUCGGGAGCCAUGAAGUUGGUGCCGGUCAGUUCGCAGCCCGCAACCCAAGUAUCUAGGACGCCGACGGUCACCGUGGUUUCAAAACCUACAGUAGUCAGUUCGAUUCCUUCAAAUGCAAAAAUCGUCGGCGUGGAACCGAUAAAAACGGCUAACUUAGCCGACAUCGUCCCCGUCAAGGGUCUCGCUCCCGUAACAACCCCCAAAAUCACGAAUCCGAUCGUUCGCCAGGCGAACACCAAGGGCAACGUCAUCGUCGUUCAAAAAGGAACGCCUAUUGGAAAAGCGUUGACUUUUUCGAAAAACGGGAACGACAUGUCCAAAAUAAUAAUGGGUAAGAACGUGAAUCAGCUCCUCCAAGCGUCUAAGUCGGACCAAGUGGAUGCGGCGAAAUGUGCGGGGAACGUAAUAGUGCUUGAACUCAAUAACGAACAGUCCGGUCGUCCGACGACCAUGUCCGAAAUAUUGGAUAGCAGGGUGAGCACCGCCGCCCGCGUGCCCGAGGACAGCACUAAAGUGACGGAGAUCACCCAAGACACUCCUGUACUAUUCGAAACCCAAAUCACUGACGAAAGUUGCAAUCCCAACAGCUUAGACUCCACCGCCGAGAGUAUAGGAGGAAUCGAACCCAUGGAGGAUUCGAGCAUACCUUCCUUAGAAAAGGAGGUAGAGAAAUCAUUCGGUAAAGAUGUGGAGGGUAAAGACUCCUCGAGUGUCACAGAUUGGGAAAUGGAGCUGGAUGGGGUAUCACGAAAGGGGAAGGAUGACGACGACAAGCUGAACUCCUUGCAUUUGGAUCUCGGUAUGUCGAGUGACAGUGAAAACGAGUACAUGGUGGACAGACACAAGUCAAAGAGCAAGCACUCGUCGCAGGACAGCAUACAGCGGGCCACGGUCAGCGGGGAGUCCAACGAGAUGUACGGUUCUGCGUCGGGUCUGACGCUGGCGACGCGGACUCUGCUGAGCCAGUUACAGGACGACGGGUCGUCGAGCAACGAUUCGUCGUUCGCGCUCAAGGCGAAGGCGGCUGCGAAGUCGAAGGACUCGGACGCAAAGGUCGACCGGUCGGAGUGCGACGCGCUGACGAAGGCUAAAGAGAAGUUAUCGGAGAAGGUAGCGGAGGCGAAGUCGCAGCAGAAGCGGAUAGACAUCUACAGCACGGCGAUCAGCUCUUCGGACAUCAACCUGGAUUCUUUCGCGUACCUGGACGAGGGUAUGCUGGCAGGCGACGACGUGUUCUGCGAGGACAAGCGGCGCCGCGCGCUCGACGACCAGCUCUGCCGCCUGUUAGGCGAGGACUCCGCCAACUCCACCGACUCACAAACUGUAAGUGAAACUAUGCCUUUAAGCAAAUGAGCAAUAUACUUAGAUUUAAAGUGGUUAACGUUUCUUUAAAAUGUAAUAGUGGUUAAGACGGGACAUAUAAUGUGAAGUGAACUGACGAUGGUAAUCUCCGGUUUUGUUUUGGUCUGUUCGAUUGUAAUUUUUGAGUGUUUCUACUGAGUGAUGUAUUUUCAAUGCGUAAAUAGAGGCUUGGAGUAAUUUGAUAUUACUUUAGUGCUGAUUCGGUUCAGAUAUUUAUUUAUUACAUAAUUUUAAUAACCUUGCUGCUGGUGGUGUUUCCUGCAUUCUGUCAAUUCAGUCCAGUCAGCAAAAUCAAAAUAACAAGAGUUGAAACUUUAUGUCUACGAUUUCUAAUUCAAUGCAUUAUAUUUUUAGUAAUUCAUCAUUCUAUACAUUUUUAAUUAUAAUGUUUCGAUUUCUUGCCAAUAAAUUAACCUAUGUUUUGUUUUACACAGUUAUGUAAUUCAAAUGCUCCAGUUGGAAAUUAUAAUUAACUUUUAAUAAGAUGUUAAUGCACAUUUAAUUAUUUUUCCAAAAAAAUAUACUACAGUUAAAUAGCUAUCUCCAAUAUGACACUUAAUUUAUAGAAUCAUUUUUUCAGAUUACAUAAAUAUUUACUUGUUUUCUAUGUUAAUUGUAAUUUCAAAUGGCAACAUAACCUUCACUCAUAAGUAAUUGUUUCAGUUUGUUUGUUUGUUCAUCUUGACCUAACCUGCUAAUUGUUAUUAUACUAUGAAAAGUUUGUAAGAAAAAUUAAGUAGGAUAGCUUUUUCUCUCUUCAUAGUCACUCGGAUAAGUGUUAGUAACUAUUGUAACCUUUGUUCCACGCAGAACCUAUCUCAGUAGGCGCACCGCCUACUUAUUGACGACCUAAACCAGUGAAAAACUGUCCCUAUAGUGCAUCAACAUGGUCUGUUUCAGUCCCAAUUUGUUAUUUCCAUCCUCCGUCCUAUAAUCAUAGACUUCUUAGUAACUAGACAGCUGUUCAAUAAUUCACACGUAAAUGAUAACGUUUGUUUAGUGACUGAAACCUUGAGGAACUCGCGACACAUCUGCUAGUCUCAGUCGACAUGAGAUGAUGAUUGUAAUCACAAACUUAUUGAUACAAUAUCCCGCACAGGACAGCGUGUCUAAGGGUACAUAGAAGUCUUUGCCUGUAAAAAUGUAAAUGCUUAUUCCACAUGACGCCGUAACGGGUUCGGUAGAACUGUCAUGAAGCCGUCUUAGCACACAUGGCGAUGCCAAAUUUAUACUUGUCGCAUAUGGUACCGCUGCCAGCGUCUUGUGAAAUCGCUCAAAAUAAAGUAUUCCGCGCACUGGUAAUUUUUCAGAUGCAAGUUCAAACAAGAAACGCUGGGUUCGUCAGUCCUCUGGCCUAAGCUUACAUUGGUCAGCUUUUAUUUGCAGUCAAGUUGUUGGUUAUGACAUGACAGCAUUUGCGACGGCCACAAUGUAGAUAUUUCGAGCCUUUUCAAGGCGAGAGUGAAUAAAAUAAGCACUCACACGACAGAUAUGUAUGGUACAUCUACAUCCUGGACAGCAUCUCACUAACACAUCAGGUGCGAUUGCAGUCAAAUACCUGCCUUAAAAAAACACGAACAUGAAAUUAUUUUCUACACAUUCGUGCAAGUUUUCAGCUGUACAAAGUUACUUCAUUACAGUUUCCUCCACAAGAUCUAGAUAAUGUCAAUGAACUCAUUCCUUGUCAUUAAAUUCACCAGUGCGCGUGCGCCUGUCCUAACGUUAAUAGUGAAUUAUACUAAUACGUAGUAGUUUAAUUAAUCCUUCCUUCUGUACUACCAUUAUUACUCACGUUAAGAGUUUGUUAUGAUACUUCAGUAGUUUAUGUUUUCUACUUAACGAUGCAGCGGUCUUCACUUCGAAGGACCAUUUUUUGUGUGAGUGUGCUUUAAAUUUAAUAGUACUCAUGCGUAACCAUUAUUUAAAUUUGAAACUAUUGUGGUUUUAGGACACUCACUUACCUUUAUGAUGAACUAGCUUUCCGCCCGCGGCUUCGCCCGCGUGGAAUUUUGUCUGUCACAGAAAAACUUUAUCGCGCGCGUCCCUGUUUCAAAAACCGGUAUAAAAACUAUCCUAUGUCCUUUCCAAACUCUCAAAGACUCAAACUGUCUCUAUGCCAAAUUUCAUCAAAAUCAGUUCAAUGGUUUAGGCGUGAAAGCAAGUCAGACAGAGAUACUUUCGCAUUUAUAAUAUUAGUAUAGAUAAUGUUCAAUAAGAACAGAAUUCUCCUUAAAGUGAAGAUCGCCGUUCCGUCUUGUUCAAGUUACAUCCUAUGCAUAAAAAUGAAUUAAUUGACUCAAAGUUUUGACAAAAUCAUUGUAGAUGAAUGUUGCAAGUACACGAAUUCGUUUUUCUGUUUGAUGACUAUUGUUUAAUGUUACUACAGUUACUACAAUUUGCGCGACUUCAUUCAAGAAUUGCAAUUCAUAUAAUAUUGUUUCAGAAUAAUUUAAGUUCAAGUAAUAAUUUAGAAUAAAAAAUGCAAACCCACUCAGGCUGGCAAUGUAUUAUUAUGUCGCUAC